GGUUGAGUGUUCCCAUAAUUUGCGGGGUAGAUGAACGCGGGGGCGGGAGCCUUCCGUGUUUAAUAAGUCUGGAAAUAUCACCACCCAGUGGAUAGUAUGUUGCAUGUACAUUGUAUCAUCUUUUGGACAGUGAUAAUUCAUUUUGAUUCCCUUCCAUUUUCUAUCUUUACGGAUCAAUUCAAUUCUAGUAAUCCCUCUGUUCUAAAUAACUACACACACCCAAAAUGCCCAUUUCCUCUCGCUGGCAUCUCUCCAUCCCUUCCAUCUCCCUCCCAACCUACCUUUUUACUUCCUCCACGCACCCCCUCCCAGAUAAACUGGCCUUCAUUGACGCUUCGAAUCCUUCUCAAUUCCUCACUCAAUCAGAUUUUCGACUAUAUUCCCAACGUUUAGCUGCUGGGUUGAUCAAAAAUGGUUUACAGCCGGGAGAUAGAGUUCUACUCUUUUCGAGUAAUAAUCUCUUCUUUCCAGUGAUUAUCAUGGGAAUUAUUAUGGCAGAAGGAAUUUUUACAGGUGCAAAUCCGGGGUUUGUGGAAAGGGAAUUGGCUUAUCAGCUUAGUGAUUGUGGAGCGAAGUUUCUACUUUGUGGGGAGGGAGGUUUGGAGGUGGGAAUCAAAGCAGCCGGGAAAGUAGGCUUAGGGAGGGAGAAAUUGUUUGUAUUUGACGAUAUAGAGAAGGAAAUUGGUAUCAUAAAACAGGAGACGAAAGGACUAAGGAGUUGGUGGGAACUUCUAGAGACUGAGGAAGUAGGGGGAAAGUUUCAAUGGAAGGAAGAUUUUGAUCCGAAGGAAGCGGUUUGUUGUUUAAAUUAUAGCUCUGGUACAACGGGUGUACCUAAGGGAGUGAUGAUCACGCAUUAUAAUUAUGUUGCAAAUUCGAUACAAUACAGACAUUUACAUGAACUCCAUCCGGAAACACCAGAAAGAAACAAGAAAGCAAAAUGGUUAUGUUUCCUCCCUCUGUACCACGCAAUGGGUCAAACGAUUUUUGGAGCUGUGGCACCUAAACGCGGUAUUCCGGUUUAUAUCAUGAAGAAAUUUGAUUUCAAAGAGAUGUUAGAAGCAGUACAAAAGUAUAGAAUUACUUCGUUGAGUAUGGUGCCGCCAAUCGUUGUUAUGCUCGUCAAAUCGCCGCUCACGAAACAAUACGAUCUUAGUAGUAUCCUCGAUAUGGCUUCUGGCGCCGCGCCACUAAGUGGUGAGGUGAUAGAUGAGGUAGAGAAGCUGUGGCCAAAUGGGAAUGUCAAACUUACUCAAGGAUGGGGAAUGACUGAAGCAACUUGCUCACUUCUAGGCUGCGAUCCUCGACAGGAUCCUGUACCGAAUUCAGUAGGCGAACUUAAUGCCAAUUGUCAUGCGAAAAUUAUGGAUCCGGAGACAUUAGAGGAGCUUAAACAAGGUGAACGGGGUGAAAUUUGGGUUCAGGCACCUAAUGUAAUGAAAGGAUACUGGAAAAAACCUUCUGCCACCCAAGAAACCUUGAUAAACUCCCCAUCUGGUAUCUGGCUUCGCACAGGAGACAUCGCUUACGUCGAUUCUCGAAACCAUUUUUUCAUUGUAGAUCGGAUGAAAGAACUUAUUAAAGUAAAAGGCAAUCAAGUGGCUCCUGCGGAAUUGGAAGCUUUGUUAUUAGAACAUCCGGAGAUUGCAGAUGCAGCCGUAAUUGGAGUAAUGAUCGGGGAGGGAGAAGUACCCAGGGCUUAUAUCGUAAAGAGUGGUGGCAGUGGAAAUAGACUAAACGCAGAAGAAGUGAUGGGAUGGGUGGAAAAGAGGACCAGUAGAUUUAAGUGGUUGAAGGGUGGUGUGGAGUUCGUAGAGGCAAUUCCUAAGAAUCCGAGCGGGAAAAUAUUGAGGAAGUUGUUGAGAGAGAAGGCUAAGGAGGAGAUCAGUAAAAUUUACACAAAAGCUCGGCUUUGAGACUCAGUAUAGUCGGAACGAGGUUUUGGCAAUAUGUAAAUGUAAUCUCAAAUAUCAAUCAAUGUAGUCAAAUGAUAAUGAAAGACUACAUGAUCGUGUGCACCA